CCGCUGUGUCGAACAGGGCCCUCUUGAAAUCAUCAAAAUCCCUCUGGUUCCGAUCACUCUGCGCUCUUUCUAUCUGCAGCCGACAUUCGCACAAAGCUUAUCCCAGCCUUAGUUCUUAGAAGUUGGAACUAAGCAUCAUGGAUCACAAUUCCCCUGCAUCAGCACCUGUCAUGAGAAGGAAAUUACGCUGGUAUCACAUAUUUAUGAUCACGAUUGGGGGAAUAAUCGGCAUUGGAUUUGCCACAACGAGCGGCCAAGUCCUUGCAAUCGCUGGGCCCGGGGGGACCUUGGUUGCGUUUGGUGUGAACGGGUUUGUUGCCAUCUGUGUCAUGGAAGGGAUUUGUGAAAUGAUAGUCUUGUGGCCUAUCUCAAAUGCCAUGAUUGAGUUCGUCCGCGCUUUUGUGGACAAGGAUCUUGCUAUCGUCGUUGGGAUAGCCUACUGGUAUAGCUGGGCUUGUACAAUGACAGCUUUGGUUAUUGGCGCCGCCGGUCUACUAUCCUACUGGAAUAUAUCCACUGGUCUCCUCAAUGUCGUAUUUUUUGGAUGCAUAUUCGUACUGUUCCUUAUCAAUUGUUCUGGCAUCUUACUAUUUGGAAGAAUCGAACUUGCAGGAGGCAUCUUUAAGCUUCUCCUCGUUACGAUAAUAUUCCUCACUAUGAUUUGUGUCAACAACGGAGCUGGUGGAGGUCCUAGUAUUGGAAGCGCCUUUUUCAACGAUGGCAUAAAGAACAACCCAAAUGUAGCCGGAAGCCAAUUCGUUGCAGUAAUUAUCGCUAUUCCCAUCGCGACUUUUUCGUACACAGGUGUCGAAAUUGUCACCGUUACCGCAUUUGAAGCUGCAAAGCCGAAAGAACUCCGGAUGCCUGCAAAGAACAUUGCCUACUUCACCCUGAUCUUCUACGUCCUGAACAUUGGAGGAUUCAUCGCCAACAUAGAAUGGUUCAACCAAAAUCUUCCGCAAUUCUUUAGUCAGCCACUUGUUUCGCUCCAAACCCCCAAUCUGGGACAUACCCCAUGGUUUCCGCAGACAGGUCUGAGAAGCAGUGCUGCACCAAUUAUUGCUACGCUACAGGUUGGGAUGAAGACUCUCCCAGCUGUCUUGACUGGGCUCCUCAUGUAUUCUGGACUCAGUGCCGCCAAUGCAUCAUUAUAUGUUGCUUCAAGAACUCUCUAUGGCCUCACUCGAGAUCUUGCCUAUGACGAUGAACGAUUCCUCGUUAGAAUGGCGGCAAAACUGAACGUUAUUUCCCCCCGCACUCGGGUUCCUCUCUGGUCUCUCCUAGUUUCUGUCCUAGCCUUCUCAUCCUGGCUACCAUUCAUAAAAAUCCACUCUGGGUAUACACAAGAGGACCUUCAAAACACUUUCGAGUCAAUCGGAAGUACAGGAUGCUUGCUAGUAUGGGCUUCUCAAUGUCUUGCGUUUAUCAGAUACAAUAAAUGGCUUUGGAAGCAUAAAGAAGAACUUCAAGGGGAACACUUGCAACAAUUCCAGCGGUGGCCCCAAAAGGGGUUCUCGAGCUGGGCUUCUGCCCUACAGCCCGGUCCCGCAUAUGUUGGUCUGAUAUCCUGUCUUGUGAUUGUGUUCAUCUUGAAUACUGCCAGUUUGUGGAACGGUCAGGACCAGAAGUCAAAAGCGCUGACUGUAUUUCUCGGUCCAGGACUCCUUCUAACGAUCUUUCUGGUGCUUAAGCUUGUGAAUAAGAGAGGAUGGGUAGUGCUUGAUGACCGAUGGGAAGUUCUUCAUAGCACUUUGAGUAACCUUACCGACUUGAUCAACCCCGAUAUCCAAACACAGCCUGGAUCUAACCCUCCCACUCCUUCGACAAAUAACAUUGGCGAAGGUGAGAAAUGAAUUGUUUUGGAAUUUUAGUUUCAGUCGAUUAAUAAUUGUAAAUUAUUGAACUGUCACACUUAUAUUACUGGGCUUGCUUAAGUGUUGUUUUCUUCCUACGUCAGGAAUUGGCUCAGCCAUAGCACUGCACACGCAGGUAGUUUCAGCAAUAUGGCAGAAAUGCGAUGUGAACAGAGAGAUCCGGGCCUAAAGAACCAAAUCGCUCUUGGGAUACUACCCCAAAAAUCUAC